GCCCUUCAUCAUCCAUCCAACCAAUUGCCCUCUUAUAGUAUCAAACCCACAAUGAAAUUCCACAACCAAUUUCUUUUUAAUUUCAAACAUCUAUUAUUUCCCAUCAUCAUCAUCAUCCUUGCGGUGUUGCUUUCUUUUUCCCGUUUCACUGCUUGUGAAUCUUCUUCUUCUUAUUCUGCAGCUCCAAUUAGAGAAAAGGAAAGAGAGGCUCUUUUAAAGUGGAAAGCCAGUCUUCACAAGCAAACCCAAUCUCUAAUUCUCUCCUCCUGGGCUCCAAACACCAGCAGCAGCCCUUGCAAUUGGGUUGGGAUUCAUUGCAAAAAGGGUAAUGGAAGUGUCACCCACAUACGCCUUCAAAGUGUUGGUUUAAGAGGUACACUUCACUAUCUCAACUUCUCAUGCUUCCCUCAUCUCCGUAGCAUCGAUCUUUAUAACAAUUCACUCUACGGGACAAUCCCCAACCACAUCACUAGCCUUUCCAAGCUCACCUCCCUUGACUUGUCUUUUAAUUCUCUCUCUGGAGCAAUUCCAUCUGAGAUAGGGAAACUGAUGUCGCUCACUGAGAUGUCACUCGCGACCAACAAUCUCAUAGGUCCAAUCCCUGCUACAAUGUGGAACUUGACCAACUUGACCGUUCUAUACCUUUAUGACAACAAACUUUCAGGACCCAUCCCUCAAGAAAUUAGAAUGUUGAGGUCUCUUGUCGAUUUGGAGUUGUCCGAGAACUUCUUCUCAGGUUCAAUACAUGCUUGGAUGAAGAACUUGGUCAACUUAACCACUUUAUACCUUUAUAAAAAUAAACUAUCGGGACCCAUCCCUCAAGAAAUUGGAAUGUUGAGGUCUCUUGUCAAUCUCGAUUUGUCCGGGAACAACUUCUCAGGUCCAAUACCUUCUUCGAUAGGGAAUUUAUGCAACUUAACCAUGUUGCCCCUUCACGAAAAUCAACUCUCUGGAUCCAUUCCAUCCACAAUUGGGAACUUGACCAAGGUCUUGGGCUUUAGUUUGUACGAAAACCUGUUAUCUGGCUCUAUCCCACGAGAAAUAGGAAGGAUGAAAUCCCUCGAGUCUCUAUCCUUAUCGGAUAAUAAAUUCACUGGAUCUAUACCUAUAGAAUUAAAUAAUCUUACCCAUUUGCAAAACUUGCAGUUGAGUGAGAACGAGAUUACUGGUCAUUUACCACAUAACAUAUGCCGUGGUGGAUCACUUGUAAAUUUCACUGCAUUUGGCAACAAUCUCACAGGUCCAAUCCCUAACAGCUUGAAGAGUUGCACUAGCUUAUUCAGAGUUAGGCUUGAAAGAAACCAACUUUCUGGAAAUAUAUCAAAUGAUUUCGGCAUAUAUCCAAACUUAAAUUAUAUUGAUUUGAGUGAUAAUAAAAUGUUCGGUGAGCUUUCUAGUAAAUGGGGCCAGUGCCAUAAUCUUACAAGCUUAAGAGUGUCCAACAACAAUAUUUCUGGUGAGAUACCACCUGAAUUGGGAAAUGCAACUCAGCUACGUGUACUUGACAUCUCUUCAAACCAUCUCAUUGGAAAAAUCCCAAAGAGUUUAAGAAGGUUAACCUCAUUGAUAAACCUUGAUUUAAACAACAACAAACUUUCAGGAAACAUUCCUUUGGAAAUUGGUGAGCUGUCAGACUUGGAACGUCUUAAUUUGGCAGCAAAUAAUCUAAAGGGCUCAAUUCCGGGACUGUUAGGAGAGUGUGUGAAACUAUUGUAUUUGAAUUUGAGCAAAAAUAUUCUUGCUGAAGGUAUUCCUUUUGGCAUAGGCAAUUUACACUCUCUUGAAAACCUUGAUGUCAGCCACAAUUUAUUAAAAUGGAAAAUACCAGCCCAACUUGGACAAUUGGAGAAGUUAGAAGCAUUGAAUCUCUCCCACAAUAAGCUUUCUGGAUCCAUUCCAUUGGCUUUUGAAGGUAUGUUAAGUUUGACUUCUGUUGAUGUAUCAUACAAUCAGUUGCAGGGUCCUGUUCCAAAAAAUAAAGCCUUUCAGGAGGCUCCAUUUAAUGCAUUCCGUAAUAACAAAGCUUUGUGCGGCAAUGCCACUGGUUUGAAGGCUUGCGCCCCCACAAAGAACAAUGAUGCUAAUAAGGAGGAGAAGAGCAACAAACUUGUGAUUUUGAUAAUAGUCCCUCUUUUGGGCAUUUUACUUAUUUCAUUUAUGGUUGUUGGGAUUUUUUAUCUUCUUUACCCCAAAGUGGGCAGCGUAGAAAAUGAGCCAAGAAGAGAAAACAAUGAGAAUUUAUUUGCAAUAUGGAGCUAUGAUGGAAAACUGGUUUAUGAAAACAUCAUUGAAGCAACAGAGGACUUCAGCUCUGAUCAUUGCAUUGGGGUAGGAGGAUCAGCAAGUGUUUAUAAAGCUCAAUUGCCAAGUGGUCAAGUUGUUGCUGUGAAGAAACUUCAUGCCUCGGAAGAUGAUGGUGGACGGGCUAUCGAUCAAAGUGGUUUUACAAGUGAAAUUCGAACAUUAACAGAAAUACGUCAUCGGAAUAUUGUGAGGCUUUAUGGUUUUUGUUCGCACCCACGACACUCGUUUUUGGUUUAUGAGUUCUUGGAAGGGGGAAGUUUGCAAAAGAUCUUGAGCAGUGACCAACAAGCCUCGGAGUGUGGAUGGAUUAAGAGAUUGAAUGUGGUAAAAGAUGUGGCAGAUGCUUUGUGUUACAUGCAUCAUGAUUGUUCGCCUCCUAUAGUUCAUCGAGAUAUAUCAAGCAAGAAUGUUUUGUUAGAUUUUGAAUAUGUGGCUCACAUCUCUGAUUUUGGCAGUGCUAGGCUUCUAAAUCCUAACUCUUCCAAUUGGACUUCAUUCGCGGGGACCUUUGGAUAUGCUGCUCCAGAACUUGCUUAUACAAUGGAAGUGAAUGAGAAAUGUGAUGUUUUUAGCUUUGGAGUGUUGGUAGUAGAAGUGAUAAUGGGAAAGCAUCCAGGCGAGCUCAUCUCCUCUCUAUCAACAUCAUCAUUAUCGCCACCGACAUUGGUUGUCCGAGAUAUACUCUUGAAGGAUGUGUUGGAUCAACGUCUUUCACCUCCAAUGGCACAAAUGGUAGAGGAGUUAGUAUUUAUCACCAAGCUAGCUUUUGCAUGCUUGCAUGCAAGUCCCCAAUCUCGGCCAACAAUGAGAGAAGUCUCCACAGAGCUAUCGAAACAAAGGUCAACUCUGCAAAAUUCAUUCCACAAGAUUACACUAGGACAACUGCUUGAUAUUGAAUCUUUAGCCUCCUCAUUAUUUUUGCGUCUUUAAAAUUUUUAUGUUCUAGUGUUAUUUUUUCCACUUUGAAUUUUCAAUUUUAUCGUUUAUGUGUGGUAUUCCUUUGUCCUGUUUAUCUUGUGUGGUGAGGAUGAUGCCAAGAUUGUUGUAAGAUACAUUGCAUUUUAUUGCACAUCGUAAGACCAAUCUAAGUGUCUCUUAUUCAAUAACAUA